AUGGCCCGUGUCCUGCCCAGUUCUGCCCGUGCUGCCCGUUAUGCCCGUGCUGCCCCGCUCUGCCCAUGUUGCCCCGUUCUACCCAUGUUGCCCCGUUCUGCGCGUGUUGCCCCGUUCAGCCCGUUUCCUGCCCAAUUCUACCUGUGUCGUGCCCGUUCCAUGCCGUGUUGCCCCGUUCAGCCCGUGUCCUACCCCGUUCUGCCUGUGCUGCCCGUUCUGCCCGUGCUGCCCCGUUGUGCCCGUGUUGCCCCGUUGUGCCCAUGUUCCCCUGUUCUGCCCGUGUUGCCCCGUUCAGCCAGUGUCCUGCUCAGUUCUGCCUAUAUCGUGCCCGUUCUCGUGCCGUGUUGCCCCGUUCAGCAUGUGUCCUACCCCAUUCUGCCCGUGCGGCCCAGUUGUGCCCGUGUGUUCUGCCCGUGCCCCACCCGUGCUGACCGUACCCGUUUGUGCCCCACCUGUGCUGUUAUUUCUCGCUCAUGCCCCACCCGGUCUGUGCUGCCCAAUCUCGUGCUGCCCAUCAACCCCGUGCGACCCAUCCCAUACAGCACCUAG